UGAAGACAAUUCCUUGACCUACUCUGACAGCUGGUAGACACCUCGAUCAGAGAUCACUAAACAUAUAGAGCACUCACACACAACAAAACUACCUGCCCACGAUGUCUCAAGUAAACUGGCAGCCCACCCAAACGACUCCCAACUUGCUAACCCCUUCCCAACUCCCUCGCACCCAACAACAGAUCCAACAGACCCUCGACCCCUUGUCCGGGCACCCCGGUCACUUGACUGCCGAACAAGAACAUGCGUUGAAGGAGUUUAGGCAGAUCUUGGUCGAGGCCGGUUUGUGCCCCACCGAGGCCGAGUUGGCGAACCCGGCGGGGAGCAGCGAUCCGAGGGUGAACCCGGGUCCGGGGUACAACAGGUUCGACGACGCCACCCUUCUCAGGUUCCUCCGAGCCCGAAAGUUCAACCUCCAGCUCGCCAAGGACAUGUGGGCGGCCAACGAAGAGUGGAGGGUGAAGUUCGGGACGGACGAGAUCGCUCGAAACUUUCAAUACCCUGAGCAGCGAGAGGUUGACAAGUACUACCCUCAGUACUACCACCGAACCGACAAGGACGGCCGACCGAUCUACAUCGAACAACUUGGCAAGCUCGACAUCAACAAGCUCUACGCGCUCACCACGCAGGAACGUCAGCUCCAACACCUCGUCCACGAAUACGAAACGUUCCUGGGACAACGUCUGCCCGCGUGUUCCAACGCUCAGGGUCACUUGGUCGAGACGAGUUGCACGAUCAUGGACUUGAACGGGGCUGGGAUCAGCACGUUCUACAAGGUCAAGGAUUACGUUUCGGCCGCUAGUACUAUCGGACAGAACAACUAUCCCGAGGUCAUGGGCAAGUUUUACAUCAUCAACGCCCCCUACCUCUUCUCCACCGUCUGGUCGUUCGUCAAGCCGUGGCUCGACGAGGUCACCGUCUCCAAGAUCUCGAUCCUCGGCAAGGGCUUCAAAUCGGAACUCGUCAAACAGAUCCCCGAACAAAACUUGCCCGCCGAGUUGGGCGGAUCUUGUAAAUGCCCUGGAGGGUGCAGCUUGAGCAAUGCUGGUCCUUGGAACAAGAAGUGAGCGGGGUCGUCGCUUCCUGCCGGGGGUCGAGUUCGUAGAUCGGAGAAGCGGGUUCAUCUGACUAGAUGGGUGCGACGCGGAUGCGAUGCUACGAAUUUGGCGAGCUCUUGCCGUGUCUGUAAUAUAAUACCCUCUUUUUCUUUCUUUUUUUGACGCAUGAUAAUUCGAUAGUUGAAGAUUGAUAACGCGAAAGUCAUUACGAACGGACUUCAACAGAUGACGCUUGAUCAGCUCACCAGCGAUCUGCUCGGUUGCCAAUUACAGCCUGGCUUGAACCAAGGCGGAGAGACGGAAGACGGCAGCCUUGGCUUGAUCUUAUUGUUCUGCUUGUCCUCCAACAAUACCAUGUUACCUUAAGCAGAUCCAAUGUAGACACGAGUGACAUAUUUGCUGUUUGAAA